AUGUCAGGUUCAGACAGGAAGUGAUGUCAGAGAGGUGAGUUGGGAGGAAGCAGAUCGGAGACAUUUGUGGACGUGGCAGCAGAGGAGUUAUCCGUCUACAAGGAGACCUGUAUAGAUCACAUGAUGGCACCAAUGAGGAUGGAGGAGGACCGGAGUCACAUGACUGAGAAGAUACUAAACCUCACCCUGGAGAUCAUCUACCUGCUGACCGGAGAGGAUUCUGGGAGUCUAACAUGAUAUUCCUAUUGGUUCCUCAAUACAGAGAUUUCCUCUUCUGAAGUCAGGUGAUCAUAUGACCAUCACAGUGCCUCCAUGUGACUCCCUAAACCCUGAGAGACACAACAUGCAGAAGAUUCUAGAAGUCACCAAGAAGAUGAUGGAGCUGCUGACAGGAGAGGUUCCUAUAAGGUGUCAGGGUGUCACUGUCUAUUUCUCCAUGGAGGAGUGGGAGUAUUUAGAAGGACACAAGGACCUCUACAAGGACGUCAUGAUGGACAAUCAGCAGACUUUGGGUUUUGUGAAGAUUGUAAGGAAGGAA